AUGCACUUGAGCUCCUGCCGAGUGAAAGUGAUUGAUGCAGACCCGUUCCCAUCGAGCAAAUACGGCGACCUGCUCCUGCAACGUGAGGAAGGCGUGAAGAAGAUCCGAAGCUCGGCAGCAAGCACCGGACAAUAUCGGAGUACUGGAAGCUUUGCAUACUUCAAGUUCCAGGGAUUGGACGCCGCACAGCUUAUCGGCUCCUCACGACAAGAGUCGGCCAUCGUAGUGGGCGUCCUGCUCGCUGCUCCCAUGGUCUUAGUGCACAUCGCGGCUCUGAUCAAGGCCAAGAUGGACUUGAAGGGGCAUUUGCAUCUGUUUCUGCAGCGCAGCCUCUUCAGGAAGUACUUGAACUACAGCGAAGAGUCACGAAGCUCCGUACCUCCGGCUCUAAUGCAGAGUGCCAUCACGCGAGAAUCGGAAGAAGCCGCCUCAUCCUUCGGCAAAGUUCUGGACCUCGUCGCGAUUAUGUGUCAGCUUGUGAUCUUCGCGUAUUUCACCAUCAUGGAGAACCCGACAGCAAUGAUCUUCAUCUUGGCAAUGCCAUGCAGCAUGCUUCUCUAUUUCACCUUGGUCAGCUU